AGCACACAGAACCUUCCAGAAGCCUGUUGUCACUGCAUCUCAUCUCACCAUGGACCACGUUCUCUCUCAGCUCCUGCUCAGCGCAGAACAGCAGCAGUGGGGGUGCGAGGCUCCUCUGGAGCAAGUCAGCCCGAGCUCGGACCCUGGCUACUACAGCUCCUGCAGCGUCUCGGACACUGGCUACAGCGGGGUCUGCCAGAAUUCGGACACUGGCUACAGCGGGGUCUGCCAGAAUUCGGACUCUGUCUACUACAACGCCUGCUUGAGCUCGGACCCCGGCUACAACAGCGCCUGUGGAAGCGUCUCACCAGCCUGCUCCGUCGACUCCGGCUACCUUUCCCCCCCGCCCCUGCAGUGGGGAGCCGCGGACCGCUCGCCCCUGCCUGGCCCCGUCCCCAUGGCGACAGUGCCAGCGGCAGCGCACCCGAGCCCGGCCCGGCCGGGCAGGAGGUCCCGCUCCAAACACCCGGGGAGAAAGCGUCAGAGCGCCAGCGAGCGGGAGAAGUUCAGGAUGAGGGACCUGGCCAAGGCCCUGCACCACCUGCGCACCUUCCUCCCGCCCUCCGUGGCCCCCGCGGGCCAGACGCUCACCAAGAUCGACACCCUGCGCCUGGCCUCCCGCUACAUCGCCCACCUGUCGGCCCAGCUGGAGGAGGACCGGGUCCAGGGAGGCCCGGCGGACUCCUCCCCGCCCCUCCCCGGUGCACAGGACCACCUCCGGACCUCCUUCCAGCCUUCCGUGCUGUCAGAAUCUCUGCCUUCAGUUCCGCUUGGCUUCCCCCACGCCAGCGACCACCUCAGCCCCCUGCCGUCCUAUCAGAAUCCCUUGGGCGACUUCUGCUUCACCGACGUUUCGUCAGAAUGCUUCUGGAUUCCGGAGAUUUCUCACACUCUCUACGGAAAAUGAUGAUCAUGAGCAUCAAGAGACUUAUUCAGACUUUCAGCAUUGAACUAUUUAUACAUAUUCACAGGAUUCCUGGAACGCUGGAGAAUUAUAUGCAAAAUCUGAACAUUAUUUAUGUAUUUAUUAGCCAAUUUGUACUUGUAAAAAGAGAUAUAUGUAUAUAUACUGUAUAUUUAUAUGAAGGAGAAUAAAAGCAUUUUUAUAAAGAUA